GAGCGUGUGGAAGGAGACAGAGCAACAUGGAGCAGGAACCCUCCAUGUUUAUCACUUUCUCUAAAUUACACUUUUAACUCGUUUACCUUCUUUAUAUUCUACAACAGUCUGGGAUCAAAAGACGCGAAUUAUCGGCCGUGAGCACAGUUGGACCUGUCAUGGAGCCGGUCCUGCACCAGUUGCGUCCGAGGGUGUUCCAACGCCUCCGUAGGACCUUCAUUCUUCUGAAGAGGAAUCACUCAGGCUGUGCUGAACACAACACCGCUCCUGCCUCCACUCGGUACAGACCCCCGCUCCUGGUGUCACGCCUCUACCAGCCAUCCAACCUGCGCGAUGUGGGGCAGGACAGCCGGCUGCCGGGAGACAUGACGUGUAAGAGCCAGAGGCUCAUGCAGCAGGCGGGGCUCAUCCACCCGUCCAACCCAGGGUGUUACUACUACCUCCCUGCCACGGUCCGCUCCAUGGAGAAGCUGGUGAGAGUGAUUGACCAGGAGAUGCAGGGGAUCGGUGGACAGAAGAUGGACAUGCCCAGUCUGUGCUCGGCUGAUCUGUGGAAAACCAGUGAGCGCUGGGACUUGAUGGGAAAGGAGCUGUUCCGUCUGAAAGAUCGUCAUGGAGGCGACUACUGCUUGGGUCCCACGCAUGAGGAGGCGGUGACCACUCUGGUUGCUCACCAGGCAACUCUCUCCUACAGACAGCUCCCUUUGCUCCUUUACCAGAUUACCCGCAAAUUCAGGGAUGAGCCGAAGCCAAAGUUUGGUCUUCUUCGAGGGAGGGAGUUCUACAUGAAGGACAUGUACUCAUUCGAUGUGAGUGAGGAAGCUGCGUACCAGACCUACGAGUCGGUGUGCCAGGCAUACACCCGGCUCUUCUCCCGGCUGGGCCUGCGUUGUGUUCAGGUGCAGGCGGACACAGGAAAUAUCGGCGGUAAACUCUCCCAUGAGUUCCAGCUGCCAGCAGACAUCGGCGAGGAUCGGCUUCUAGUCUGUGGGAACUGCUCCUUCUCUGCUAAUGUGGAGACCAUGUCAUCAGACAGAACUGACUGCCCACAGUGUGAAACUGGUACUCUGGUAGAGUCGAAGGGUAUAGAGGUGGGCCACACCUUUUACCUGGGGAAAAAAUACUCUCAAUUAUUUAAUGCCACCUUCAGCAAUGCCCAGAACAAGCCCAGUGUUGCUGAAAUGGGCUGCUUUGGUCUUGGAGUCACCCGUAUUCUCGCUGCAGCCAUUGAGGUGAUGUCAACAGAGGAAGGGAUCCGCUGGCCGGGGCUCCUCGCCCCUUACCAGGUCUGUGUUCUCCCUCCAAAGAAAGGCAGUAAAGUGGACGAGGUGGCUCUCUUAGCUGAUGACCUUGUUCACACUUUGGGAGAAGCGUUGCCACGUUUGAGAGGUGAAGUGGUUCUUGAUGACCGUACACAAAUGACUAUUGGAAAGAGGCUGAAGGACGCCAAUAGACUGGGCUACCCAUAUGUUAUUGUAGUCGGGCAGGGCGCAUUAGAGGACACACCCAGGUUUGAGGUGAUCUGUCAGCAGAGCGGUGAGACAAUGUUCCUUAGUAAAGAUGGACUGUUAGAUCUACUGGGAAAAGUGGAAACUGUCUGAAUCACGUGGAAAUAAAUGUUUUUAUCUACCUAUGUUCUGGAAGGGGGGGCUGAUUUCACAAAGUUUAAAACCUGUAAUAUCUAUUGACAUUGCCAAUUGGCAAAUAACUCAAUGUCACAAUAAAAGCUUUAUAAUAAUAUUUCAAAUAUGAAUUUGCAUUUGGUUUCUAUGAUUUAAGAAAGUCUGAGUUUUGCUUUCCUUCUUGGCUUUUCAUGUUCUUUUGCCAAUAAAAACACAAGAUGUGGACAGAAAUUA